AUGUACCAGCUCCGUUGGGAUGAUGGUGUACGUAAGGAGGAUCUGGUGCACCAGGAUCGACUGAAGCUCACCAAGGCCCCGGAUGAUGCCACUCAGCGCAGAGCUUGGUUCAGCAAGACUCGUCACGCCAUGGAGUCUGCCCGCGACAAUGAGGAUGAUGGCCUACCCGACGAGUCCUUGGAUAAUAACAGUAGCACUUGCAUAACCGACAUGCGCGCUCAGCAGCGCGCCAACGAGGAUUAUCACGCCCGCCGCGGCUCUCACUAUCAAGCACCCAUGAUGGGCUCCGCUGAACAUGCAGCCCGUGUAUAG